AUGGGGAGGAAGCUGGACCUGUCGGGCCUGACGGAUGAUGAAACGGAGCACGUCCUCCAGGUGGUUCAGCGAGACUUCAGCCUUCGGAAGAAAGAGGAGGAGCGGCUGAGCGAGAUGAAGCAGAAGCUGGACGACGAAGGCAGCAGGUGCAGCAUCCUGUCCAAGCACCAGAAGUUCGUGGAGCACUGCUGCAUGCGCUGCUGCUCGCCCUUCACCUUCCUGGUCAACAGCAAGCGCCGCUGCGGGGACUGCGCCUUCAACGUCUGCAAGAGCUGCUGCUCCUACCAGAAGCGCGAGAGGGCCUGGGUCUGCUGCGUCUGCCAGCAAGCCAGGCUCCUGAGAACCCAGUCCCUGGAAUGGUUCUACAAUAAUGUGAAGAGCCGUUUCAAGCGCUUCGGCAGCGCCAAGGUCCUGAAAAACCUGUACAGGAAACACCGGCUGGAGAGCGGGGCGAGCUUCGACAUCGUAGGAGGAAGCUUUUUUGAGGCCAACCUGGACAACGAAGGCAGUGUUUCAGGCAGUGAUUCAACAUUUUAUAGGCAGUCGGAAGGACACAGCAUGAUGGACACUUUGGCUGUUGCCCUGCGGGUGGCCGAAGAGGCCAUUGAGGAGGCGAUUUCCAAAGCAGAAGCCUAUGGGGACAGCCUGGACAAGCAAAAUGAGGCCAUCUACUUGCGGGACCACAAGGAGGAGCUGACGGAGGAACUGGCCACAACUAUCUUGCAGAAGAUCAUAAGAAAACAGAAGAGCAAAAGCGAGCAGCAGAUGGAGGAGGAGUGGUCGCAGCCCCAGAGCUGCACUGCGAAAGCGGCUGACAAGGGGACCCCAGCCUCCCCAGGAGGCCACCACAUUUCCAGCUCCCUCUGGCAGCCCCAGUCUGCGUUCUCACCCUCCAGAGAAGAUGCGCCGAAGACCCCUUUGCUGGAGGCGGCACCGAGACCACCGCGGGGCCCGAGCCAGCAGCCCAGGGAGGAGUCGGCCUGGCCCGGCUGGCAUAGAGCAGACAGUCCAGACCAGACAAACUUGGCCCCAGUCUUGCAGAGCCCCGAUGGGAACUGGGUGGCCCUGAAGGAUGGCGCUCUGCCCCCCACCCGCCUGCUGGCCACACCCAAGAGUGGCACCUUCCAGGCCCUGGAGGCUGCCUCCAGCGUGGCAUCUGCCUAUGAUGAGCUGGUCUCCGACAGCGAGGAGGACUUUGACUGGAGUGAGGCCCUGAGCACACUGUGCCCACGGUCCCAGGACCUGCCCAGGAACCCCCAGCUUCAGCCCGCGCAGGCCCGAGGCUUGGACCAAGUCCCCUCCGCUGCCUCCUCUGCCUCCCGGCUUUCCCCCCACCUCGAGGCCACAUGCUCUGACUCGGAGACCUCCUCCACAGGCUCUUCCCGGGAGGCCGGGCGGCGGGCCAGACUGUCCUGGCUGCAGAGAAAGGCCCCCAGGAACCCCGCGGCUGAAAAGAUGCACCUUCAGGGAGAACUGGACGUGAACUUCAAUCCCCAGGCAGCCAGCAGGGAGACCUCGGACAGCAGCGAGCCUGAGGAGGCCCCCCACGCUGCAGACCGGCGGGCCAGGAGGUGGCGGAGGGCCCGAGUGGGCUCAGAGGAGCCAAGCAAGGAGCUGUCUUCCCCCAACGCCCAUUCCCAGGAGCUGAACACACACCAGGUGUCGGGUGACACAUCGGAGACCGACCUGGACAGUGAGGCCGGGUCUCCUCGGGCCCGCGCAGGCGCCACCGAGGAGAAGGCGAGGAGCCGGUGGUUCGAGUUUGCCGCGGGGAUGCGCGAGAAGGAGGCUUCCUCGGGAGACGACCCGGAGUCCGAGCCCAAGACAGAGUCCGAGAACCAGAAGGAAAGCCUGUCCUCUGAAGACAACAGCCAGGGCGUCCAGGAGGAGCUGAAGAAGAAGUAUUCUGCUGUUUCUCUCUGCAACAUCUCCACAGAAGUCCUGAAAGUCAUCAAUGCCACAGAGGAGUUGAUCGCAGAGUCGACAGGGCCCGGGGAGUUCCCGCCUGUCCCUCCUGACAGAGAGAAGGGGACAUUUCCUCUUGGGACAGACCAAGUGAGACUGGAUGAGCAGCUGACCUCCCUGGAAGAAAACGUGUACCUGGCGGCUGGCACUGUGUACGGACUCGAAGGGCAGCUGAAUGAGCUGGAGGAUGCUGCCCGCUGCAUCCACAGUGGCACCGAUGAGACCCAGCUGGCAGAUCUGGAGGACCAGGUGGCCACAGCUGCAGCCCAGGUCCACCAUGCUGAGCUCCAGAUUUCGGACAUCGAGAGCCGGAUUUCAGCCCUGACCAUUGCAGGACUGAACAUAGCGCCCUGUGUGCGCCUCAUGAGGAAACGAGAUCAGAAGCAAAGGAACCAGGUACAAACUAUAGACACAUCGAGACAACAGAGGCGGAAGCUGCCCGCUCCACCAGUGAAAGCGGAGAAAACGGAGGCCUCUCUGGUGACUGCCACUAAAACAUUCAACCGCAACUUCAUUCUCCAGGGCUCCUCCACAAACAGGACUCGGGACAGGAAAAGCACCACCAAGGGCUUGAUGGAGCCCACUCGGGAGCCCGCCGUGAUGUAUUAGCGCCACGGAGC